ACAGCCAAUUGGAGCACGAGUUUGAGGCGGCAUCGUGGCGCUGAUUGGUUAGAAUCGCCGCGAGCCCAAUCCCUCAUUGAUGCAUUCGCUGCAGAGCUGACUGUCGUUUUUCUCUUUCUGGGUUACUGUAAUUUUGGGUCAAACAGACCGGCAUCUGCUUCAUCGAAUUUGUUUUUACGCGUCAGCCUGUUUUUGAGCAUCACCAAACCGCGGCCACAAUGACGGAGGCGGAGGCGUUGGAGAAGAAGCAGCACAAGCCAAGCAAUGGGGAGGUUCGUUCUGGAACAGUCAUAGAAGACGUGUUUGAUAACACAUACAAGGAGAAAGAAGGCCCGAAACCUCCCAGGAUCAUCGUAUGGAAAAAUGUCAUAAUGAUGACUCUGUUGCACAUAGGAGCUGCGUAUGGCUGCUUCCUCAUCCCUUCAGCAUCCCAUUUGACCUUGCUUUGUGCAUUGGGAGUAACUGCUGGAGCUCAUCGCCUGUGGAGUCACAGAGCGUACAAGGCUUCAGUCCCGCUGAAGAUCUUUCUGGCAUUAGCAAACUCCAUGGCAUUUCAGAAUGAUAUUUUUGAAUGGGCUCGCGAUCAUAGAGUUCAUCACAAAUAUUCAGAGACAGAUGCUGAUCCCCACAACGCUGUCCGGGGAUUCUUCUUUGCUCAUAUUGGCUGGCUGCUGGUGCGCAAACACCCCGAUGUAAUUGAGAAAGGACGCAAGUUGGAGCUCCAUGACCUGCUAAACGACAAAGUAGUAAUGUUUCAAAGGAGACAUUAUAAGACGUCUGUGCUGCUCUUGUGCUUCUUCAUCCCAAUGGUUGUGCCUUGGUACUUCUGGGGAGAGUCUCUCUGGGUGGCGUAUUUCAUCCCUGCUCUGCUGAGGUACACCAUGGUGCUGAACGCCACGUGGCUGGUCAACAGCGCCGCUCACAUGUGGGGAAACCGGCCCUAUGACAAGAACAUCAACCCCAGAGAGAACAAGUUUGUCACUUUCAGCGCCAUAGGAGAGGGAUUCCACAACUAUCACCAUUCAUUCCCGUAUGACUAUGCAACCAGUGAGUUUGGCUGCAAGUUGAACCUUACUACUUGUUUCAUUGACUUCAUGUGCUUUUUGGGCCUGGCCACGGACCGCAAGAGAGUGUCUCGUGAGGUUGUCCAAGCUCGAAUACAGCGCACUGGAGACGGAAGCCACCGCAGUGGCUAAGAGAGGCGAAUCCAUGUCGGCUUCCAGUCAAGCCGACCCGCGCGAGGAAGAUGAACAGCCCUUUGACAGUUAAACAUUUCUCAUCCUCUGAGGAGAAAAGUCCGCUUCAUGAGGGCCUCGACCACAUUUUGCUUGUUUUUUGUGGUUUUUGUAGCCGUAUUUAAAAUUGUUCAAGAUGGAAAAAGAAAAAAAAAAAUACAAAAAACAUCCUUUGCUAAGCUCUUUUUAAACUUUUCAUCCAGGCCAGGGGCUUGCAAAUGUGUUCAGAUUUGAAAUAGAUGCAUUUUAAAAAGAUAACUUCAUUCUUCGCUGUUUUGCCACUUUGGUGUGCAUUCUUCAUGCAAACUCAGUCAUGUAGCCUUUCGUUUUUAUGUAAGUAUUACUCAAUUAUUAAUAUAAAAAACAGCAAGAAAUAGAGGACUGAAACCUGGAAUAACAACCUUUUAACUGAAAUGGGUAAAUACUGAUUGGAGACUGUUGCCUUUAUUGCAGUUUUUGGCAAGUUUUUAAUGAGUCUAAUAUGAGGAUUCCUUAUCUGAGCAGAUUUGGAAAAAAAAAACAAUGAGAGUUUGAGUAACCUUUUUUUAACAAAGCUUGUUGGCUUUAAUGAAAUACAGCACAUGAUGGCAGAGUGAGGGAACCCAGACCUUAUUUUGACCCGACCAAACAGACGGGUAAUCCCGUCAGCUUCCUUGUGUAACGCGUUUGCCUUCCACAGAAAAAACACACCAAAUAUGUCAAAAAGUCAAAGCACUUUGAGGAAAGAUUAACAUACGCUAUAUUUAGCCUAUGUAAUAAUCGGAUGGAGCUUUCUCAUGAGAAUAAAAGGGCCCCAUUAGACGUCAGAUUAAAACUGUUUAAUCUUACCUGUAACAUUUCAUUGAGUUUGUUGUGUUUUUAUUGAAUAUGCGAUAGUGCCAAAAGCACCACCACCCCGUGUUCCAUCAGAGUUGAUGUUGCUCUUGCAGAUUACUGGAUUGUGGACAUUUUUCAACAUUGUGGCAUCGGUGGCUUUUGCUUCAAAGAUUUGCUCCUAUUUUGUCCCCCUUUUGUCCAGAACCAGCUGCAGUAGAGCUCACUGGUUCCACUGGCACCAGUCAUGUGACAGUUCUGGUGUUACAAAACAACAUGCCACCCAUGCAUGGCCAUAUUCUGUAGUAGGUGUUGUGCUGAGGUAACGUGUCGGUGACUGUCAUGGCAGAGCUGCGUCUAUUUUUGUUCUGUGGAGCUGCGUCACUUUUGGAUCAUCAGAACUGUUGCCGUGGUGAUUUCUGAGACGGGGUCUGGUUUCCCUUUGAUGUCCUACAGAGGCGAUUGUCAUUUUGAAAUUUUAGGCGCAUCAAUGUUCUUGUUUAUCUGCUACUCUGGUGUGUGGAAUGCUCCUUUAAUUUAUGUAUUUAUUUGUUGGGGUUUUUUUCUCUCUCUUUUUGACUAAGAAAUGUUGUAACCUGCUAUCUUCUGUGUUCUGAGAUUUAGCAGACCAUCUCGUAUAUUAUGUGUAAGAUAUAUCAAAACUGCAGCCCCCGUUUAGCUCUCCACAACAGUCAGGAUACAACCUAAUGCCUUAUGACUCGACUCCAUUCCCUCACCUCCCAUUAGUAAAGACAACAAGGUUCAAGUAACACAACAAAUCUGAAUCCCGAGGGUUUACAGGCUAAAACAGCAGGUGGAAUGUCCUUUUUAUUCUGCCAGUUUCGUUUAGGCAUAUGGCAGCAUUGCAGUCCGAUUCUGUACAUGCAAAUAGAAGAUUGAAGAGGUGAUCUGAUAGCAGCUUAACAGCUGGAGCAAAUGUUCAUUUGUGAGAUUUAACUUGCAAAACAAGGGCCGUGUGGAUGUUGGCAGCAGAGAUGCUGCAGAGAGGAAUGUCAGAGCGAAGUGGAGAGGCCAUGCCGACAACUCCUGCUGUCCCAAUGAUGAGACAGGGAUCAGAAGGUUUUCUGUUUCAAUAUGUCAAAUCUCAAUUGUGUGCUCUUCUGAAAUAAAAUUCACAAUAUUUUCAAUACUCUCUUAAUAACAUGAACA